AUGGUUACAUGUUUAGAUAUUAUGUCAGAAAAACUCAUUUAUGGAACCAAUGAUUGUCUUAUAUACUUCUGUGAUGCUACAUCUGGUAAAUUGAUUUAUGAGCUCAAAGGUCAUGAAGGUCCAAUUUUGGGAAUACAAUCUAAUAGACGUUCAAAUCCUAUUGGGAUUUCAAAUGGUUGCCUUGUGACUUCAGUUGAUGGAUACAAGAAUCUUCAUGUGUGGGAUAUUUCAAAUGGUAAUUUGAAAUAUUUAUUAGGUACACAUUCUGGUACAAUAUCAUACUUUCAACAUGAUGAAUGGAAAAUAAUAUCAGGCACUGAUUUUGUUGUUGACGAUGAUGACUAUUUUGAUGGUACUGGUAAUUUUGGUAGCUCUGAAGGAGUAGUUUGUUUAUGGAGUAUGGAAACAGGAAAUCACAUUCAUGAUUUAUUAACUGGAAUAAGUACUCUAUGGUGA